CACGUUAACUUCGCUAAGGAAUAACUUACAUAAAUUGUAGUACAUAUAAGAGUAAUUGAGGUUUGCGAGGAAGCCUCAUCAGCUUGCCUUCUCGUCGUUUAGUGGAAUCCUUGAGAUGGCCCUCUCGAGUCCCCAAGGGCUCCGCCAACGAAAGUUUCCUGACGAGGUGUUGGGAAAUUCAGCAGCCCAAGAUGUGUACGGGCAGCCAGAGAAGACACCUGAAGCACGGGAGGAAGUGGUUUGGGGACAAACGCCAGGCGGCGAAGUCUUUCGGGUACCAACUACGCACGAUGUGCUAACCGGGCUUUUCCAUCCACGCUACCCAAAGAGUCACCUGGAUAUCCUCAAUCUGUCAUUGCUCGGAUUACAGCUAGUUCUGUUCUACGCAUUGCCACGUCCUGUAGCCAAGGUUUUCUUUCUUUUCUAUUUUGCAUUCUGGAGGGCAGCCUAUGAUGCUGGGUUGGGUUGGGUCCUCACUAAACAGAGUAAGAGAAAGUGGAUGGUUCGCGAAAUCCAACGCCUUGGAUGGCUCGAUGAGAAGCGUAACCCGGCAGCUAGAAAUUGGAUUCGUGCCCAGUUACAGGGGAAAAUGGGCAAGGACUAUUCAUUUGAUGAGCUUCCAUUGGAAUACAACACCUGGCUAUUGUUUAGACAGUUUGUAGACACAAUUCUUCUCAAUGACUUCUUAGCAUACUGUAUGUUUGCCUUUGCGUGCUUCAGGGUUCCUGAAGGGCUCUCUUUUCCCGUCCACGCCAUGAGAUGGAUCGGUGGCGUUGCAUUGAUAGUAUUCAACCUUUGGGUAAAAACCGAGGCGCACAACGUUGUCAAGGAUUAUGGUUGGUACUGGGGCGAUGUAUUUUUCCAGCGCGGCGCGCUUGUGUUUGACGGCGUUUUCGAAUUGGCUCCUCACCCAAUGUACUCCGUUGGUUAUGCUGGAUACUACGGUCUUUCCUUGAUGGUCGGGAGCUAUGCUGUCCUUUAUGUCAGCUUGGCAGCCCAUGCAGCUCAAUUCGCAUUCCUGGUCUUUUUCGAGAACCCUCACAUCGAACGGAUGUAUGGCAAACGCAAGCCUAUCGCACUGCGUAAGCCUCUAUUUGUAUCUGAAGGCAAGAAGACUCGCGCACAGAAAGUGAACGAUCCCUUCCCACUCCCAUCAUCUGUCGAGGACAAUGCAGACCAGUUGUCCACGCCUACUGCCACUGAAGGAGAGAGUGCCACAGAUACUGAGCUUGAGACGGAGUGCGAAGGCGAGAUUACCCCGAAAGACAAGAAACGCGAACCGGGCAUCCGCAACCCCAUAAUUUUGGAGAGUACUAUCUCUCAACAUGAUUUGCAUCACAAGUAUUUCAGGCGAGACGUGGUCGUUCUUCACAACAUUGAUCUACUCCGUUCUUCAGAUGCCAUGCUUGUGUUGCUAUUGGUCUAUGUCAUUCUAGGAUCGUCCCUGCCCACACUAUCGUAUCAUGCAACACUCACGUUACACUUCGCACACGCUUGCGCUUGGUGCAUCUUCCAUAGCUUUGGUCUUGGUCUUCUCCUUCGUGCCCAGAGCAAAUCAAAGUUCCUCGUCCGACACUUCUUAAAGCACUACCACUAUCCGUCUGGUGAUCAUGGUGAUGGUGCAGUACAGGAAGCGUUUACCAACUGGAAGUCUUUGUACAAUAUUAGCUUGUGCAUGUCAUAUACUUCACUGACGAUUUUGGCGUGGAAAUCGUAUACAGCGCCCGUUGCCUGGUUUGAGGGCGACGCCCUUCUCUGUCAUACGUUAGGAGCACUUCUGAUCGCGCUCCAUGGGUGGGCGGCUAUGGAGUCCUUCGAAGUAUUGGGUGUUUUCGGUUGGUUCUACGGUGACUUUUUCAUGGAGGACUUCCCAGCGCAUCUGGAGUACACUGGUAUCUUCCGGUAUCUUAAUAACCCUGAACUUAUGAGUGGUGCCUCCUUCCUGGGCCUUGCCCUAAUCAGUGGCAGCAAGCUUGUUGGUGUCCUUGCAGUUGUUAGGUUUGUGUCCCACUGGUGGUUCCUCCAGAUCGUUGAAAACCCGCACAUGCGGAAAUUAUACGGCGACAGUCUCCGCAAGGAUGCUGGCUUUGUCAAAGUUAUCAAAAGUGUCGCUAGCAAGAAUGCUCGGCUUUUAGAGUCGCGCGCGGGUCGGCAUGCACCCGAGAUCAGGAGGGUUGCGAAAGAAGUCAAAGGCACUUUCGACAAGGUUUUUGAAGAAACUGCUGAUGUAGUAGAAGAGUUCCUCGCGAAAUCGAAGCCCAAGAUAUCGGAAGUGAUGCAGGAGACAAAGGUUCUUCUCCAACAGUCACGGGAGAGACUGGUUAUCACCCGCGUCGCCCAUGACCUGUCAUCGUAUGACACGGCGAAAUUCAAGAUCUCGAUUGCCCCUAGUCAGUCUGGCGACAAGCGCUUCCAUUUAGGCGAGACUAUAAAGGUCAACUGGCAAGCUCCUGUCAGGCACUCCCGUCGUGACUGGAUUGGAUUAUACAGAGUCGGUGCCAACAAGUCUACAUUGGUAACGAAGACGUCGUCUUUUGGGAUGUGGGUUCCCGUUCACGACGAAGAAUGGAAUGAGGAUGUACCUCUCGAUGACACUAGUCGCCUCACCACUCGGGGAAAGGAGCCAGAGCUUGGUUCCGUCUCUUUUGAAAGUUCCACGCUGCCAUGGACCGUUGGUCUAUACGAGGUCCGUUACCAUCACGAUGGCAAGUAUAAUGUGUUAAGUCUUGACGGCCCGUGUGAGGUGUACGUGAGUAAACCGAUGUCGCUCGAUCUCACCUCCGUUCGGGAGUGCUUGGCUCGCAUUGUACCUCUCUGCCUAGACUCUGAUCCCGAUCUAAUCCCCCUCUCUUGCGGGGGCAUCCAGGAACCUGCCGACGCAGGCUCUGCAGCAGCUCGUGAUGCGGACGAUUUCAGCUUCUGGUCUGAGCGGCAAGCCAAACGUAUAUGUAACGCCAUCGAGCAGGCAUUCGAGGUUGAAUAUGCGCCGGAAGUGGUGAUGGGCGAUGCUAAUUUGACUGCGCUUGCCAAUCGGAUAUUGGUCUCAAAGCAAAUGCUGGUUCUGUAGCUCUUGAUUCAUGACAUUUUCUCAUUUUAUACCAAUCUCGCAAUCUCUUUCAUGGAGUACAUUACGAUUAUGCAUACCAGUUUGUCUUUCGUUACGUAACGACCGGUUUCUUGAUGACUGGACUGAGUACUGAUCAACGACUGAUUGCUACCUUUGCCAACCCUCCUCACCCUUUCCACCAAUUCUGUCAGAAACCCCCGCUGUCCUUAGCUUGUAUUGCCAUGGCAAGGAAGACGGAUUAUUAUCUCUCCCAGUGUGCUAGUGCUGCUAGCAAGUCAUCCAUGACAUACCAUCUCGGCGCAGUACUCGUAAAGGGGGGCAAAGUCAUAUCCA